UAACAGCAACAGCAACAGCAGCAGCAACUUUUGCAAAAUGCGUGGCCGUCACUUGCGUCGACGUUUCAGCCUGCAGCCCUCAUUCAUGAAGGAUGACAGUGCCGAGGAUAAGCCCAAGCGUGACAAAGUUGGCCGGAAUAAUGCAGUGGACGAUGCCAUUGGACCGGCAAAUGCACGUCAUAAAAUUGUGGUUAUGGGCGCGGCCAAAGUGGGCAAAACCUCAAUAAUCACACAAUUUCUAUACAACACAUUUACCACCAAAUAUAAACGGACCAUCGAGGAAAUGCAUCAAGGGAACUUUUCCAUUGCGGGCGUGAGCCUAACGCUUGAUAUACUCGAUACAGCCGGUUCCUAUGAGUUUCCAGCAAUGCGAGCUCUAUCCAUAUCAUCGGCAGAUGCGUUCAUUCUGGUCUACGAUGUGACCGAUGCGGCGACGUUCGAGGAAGUGCGCGCUAUACGAGAUCAGAUACAUGAGACGAAGGCAACCACAGCGGUGCCAAUUGUGGUUGUUGGCAAUAAAACAGAUCUGCUCGCCGAGGAUGGUGAACUGCGUGAGGUGGAAUAUGCCACAACCGAGUCGGUGGUAACUGUCGAUUGGGAAAAUGGCUUUGUGGAGGCAUCGGCGGCGAACAACGAUAACAUUACCCAGGUUUUUAAGGAGCUGCUGGCCCAGGCAAAAAUUACGUACAAUCUGAGCCCGGCGCUGCGGCGUCGUCGUCAGUCGCUGCCGCAGCAAAUUGGCAAUAAUGGACCGGGCACACCGGUGCACCAUCCGCAUCACCACCACCAUCAUCAGCCGCAUCAGACGCAUGGACAGGGUGCGGCGCAUGGCUCCAGUGCCGGCUCGGCCUCAACAUCGGCUGGUGCCGCUGGCGGUGGGCACGGCUCAGCCACACCAACGCCGGCACAGCUGCAACAUCUGCAGCGCAUCCAGGAGCGCAGCCUGGGCUCCAAGCGCAACUCUUGCACAAUUUCCUAAGCGAGGCGAAGCCGAUGAAAAACAUAAAGAAAAACAAAACAAAACAAACAACAAACAACCUAUGCAACUGAACAACUGAACAACUAAACAAACGGUCUCCUACAAAUGGUUUUCAAUGUUUCACAAAUAAAACGAUUUACACUGAUGUAUCUACGAUCGAUUCUAUUAUAGUCGCGACUCAAUUGUACCUUUCACUCAUCACUUUAGUACCUAUCUCGGGCAACUUUUCGCUCUCUCUUUGUCUCACAAUGUCGCUCUCUCUCUCUCUC